AAUAUUACCCACUACAUAACAUAUUUGUUGGUAUUUGGUUGACACAAAGUUCCAUUGAUAGUCCUUAAAUCAGAUUUUUAGGUUUUUUCACUAUUGGCAACAAUUAAGGUCAAGGUUUAUUUGAAUGUAUUGCAAUCUAACCAAUUUCGGUAAAUACAAAAAAGAAUAAAAAAAAAAAGUGGCCCGGGCAACAUUGUUUGCUAUUGGGGUUUUUCUAUGCCUUACACGAUUUAAGCACUUUUGGGACUUCAAUUUUCUAGAGGCCGAAGCACAAUUGUCAGUUUUACACCUCAGUUCUCGAUAGACUUUUGUGCUGGCUAGUAGAAUUUUAAGUUCGAAAUGGGAAAUCGCUGGUUUGAUGGCACGACCCUAUUGUUGGGAUUUUGCGGAGCUGUUUAUAUAUUGUUUUUCACUUUUGCUAUAGUUACUUUAGUCAUGUGUUGAGAAUAACUUGUAUAAACAUCCUAUUAUCUUUAAUGCCAAACUCUAAUUUCGGAUUAUAUGAUUU